CGCGGCCGCGGAGACUCGGACAUGGCGAGGGCGGGCUCCGAGCCGCAGCCUCCCGACCCGCUGGAGGCCCUCGGGCCCGCGGACGAUCGGCUGCUCCUGGUUAAAGGUGGAGUUUUCCUUGGCUCUGUGGCCACAGCGGGAAUGCUAGCUGGAUUCCUUACAACAUUAUCAUUGGCUAAAAAGAAAAGCCCCGAAUGGUUCAAUAAGGGCAGUAUGGGCACAGCUGCCUUGCCAGAGAGCGGGUCCUCCCUUGCCUUGCGGGCCCUGGGCUGGGGCUCCCUUUGCGCCUGGUGUGGGGUUGGUGUGAUCAGCUGGGCAGUCUGGAAGAGUUUAGGCGUUCACAAUAUGAAAGACUUUCGAAGUAAAAUGCAAUCGAUAUUUCCCACAAUCCCGAAGCACUCCGACUCAGCUGUUGGGUGGGAGGAAGCGUUGAAAUCUAAAUGAGAAGAGCAUGGAUGAAUUCCCAAAUGAUGGCUGCGGGACGGGUGGCUUUGGGACACAACUGCGAAAGGACUGGGGUGCCUUCUCAGGAUCAUGUGCAGAUGGCCGGUGUGCCACAGGACGGAUGGCCUUCCCAGCGCCAGGCCGGCUGCCUGCAGCCUGUCUCUGUGUCUGUGCUUGGGGAGGGAACGUGAUCCUAAACUCCAAAUGACUUAUAAAAAUAAUCAUCACUGGGAUAACUUCCCCAGACGGGGGAGAAUCCCAGAGGAAAUACUCGGUUUAUAACAAUAAACCAGCUUCCAUAUCUGAAAAAAAGUUGAUAAUAAAAGUACCAUAGAAAAUCU